UGAGAUCCAGCCGUCACUUUCCUCUUUAACUAAAUACAGCCGUCGAUCAAGAAGAACGAGAACCUCCGGGACUGAAGGAACACUUCUAGAAAUUCAAAAACCCCAAUCUCGGUUUAACUUUUUACACUCUUUGGUGUCACAGUCUCCACUCUCCGCUCUUCAGCUCUCAUUUGCUACUACCAGAAGAGAAUCAUUUGCUUUGAGGGUGUGCUUUUCCAUCUUCAUUCUCAACUUUUGUUGCCAUGGCGAUUGAAAAACUUCUUAAAGAUGAGGCUACGGAAGAAAAGGGUGAGCGUGCAAGAAUGGCCUCCUUCGUUGGAGCGAUGGCAAUUGCUGACUUGGUUAAGACGACCUUGGGACCUAAGGGGAUGGAUAAGAUUUUGCAAUCUACUGGCAGAGGGCACAGUGUUACAGUGACGAAUGAUGGGGCAACAAUCCUAAAGUCCCUACAUAUUGACAACCCUGCAGCAAAAGUCCUUGUUGAUAUCUCAAAAGUUCAAGACGAUGAAGUCGGAGAUGGUACGACUUCAGUUGUUGUUUUAGCUGGGGAGCUUUUGAGGGAGGCAGAGAAGCUAGUGAAUGCCAAAAUUCAUCCAAUGACUAUUAUUUCAGGGUAUCGUAUGGCUGCUGAAUGUGCUAAAAAUGCAUUGCUGGAGAAAGUUGUGGACAAUAAACUUGAUGCAGAGAAAUUCAAAGCAGACUUGAUGAAGAUUGCAAUGACCACUUUGAGUUCCAAAAUUCUAUCUCAGGACAAAGAGCAUUUUGCAAAACUAGCUGUUGAUGCGGUUAUGAGGCUAAAGGGAAGCACUAAUUUGGAAGCCAUUCAAAUCAUAAAGAAGCCUGGAGGAUCGUUGAAAGAUUCAUUUCUAGACGAGGGAUUUAUUCUAGACAAGAAAAUUGGUGUUGGCCAACCAAAACGGAUUGAGAAUGCAAAAAUUUUGGUGGCAAAUACUGCAAUGGACACAGAUAAAGUGAAAAUAUAUGGGGCACGUGUUCGUGUUGAUUCAAUGGCUAAGGUUGCUGAGAUUGAAGUAGCUGAAAAGGAAAAGAUGAGGGAAAAGGUCCAAAAGAUUAUCAAUCAUGGCAUAAACUGCUUUGUUAACCGACAGUUGAUUUACAAUUUCCCAGAGGAACUAUUUGCCGAUGCUGGAGUACUUGCAAUAGAGCAUGCCGAUUUUGAUGGGAUUGAGCGACUAGCUCUUGUUACUGGUGGUGAGAUAGCAUCAACUUUUGAUAAUCCAGAGUCAGUCAAGCUUGGGCACUGCAAGCUCAUUGAAGAAAUUAUGAUUGGUGAAGAUAAGUUGAUCCACUUUUCUGGGGUUGACAUGGGCCAGGCAUGUACAAUUGUAUUGAGAGGUGCAAGCCCUCAUAUGUUGGAUGAAGCUGAAAGAUCUCUGCAUGAUGCAUUGUGCGUUCUAUCACAGACGGUAAAUGACAGCAGGGUUUUGCUUGGAGGUGGUUGGCCCGAGAUGGUAAUGGCAAAGUCAGUUGAUGAACUUGCCAGGAAGACUCCAGGGAAAAGAUCUCAUGCCAUUGAAGCUUUCUCAAGGGCGCUUGUGGCCAUUCCAACUACAAUUGCUGAUAAUGCUGGUUUGGAUAGUGCUGAAUUAAUCGCUCAACUUCGUGCAGAGCACCAUAAAGAGGGAAGCAAUGCAGGGAUUGAUGUUAUCUCUGGAUCUGUUGGAGAUAUGGCAGAACUAGGUAUUUCCGAGGCAUUCAAAGUAAAGCAAGCUGUAUUGCUAUCAGCAACUGAAGCUGCUGAGAUGAUUCUAAGGGUUGAUGAAAUUAUCACUUGUGCCCCACGUAGGAGAGAAGACAGAAUGUGAAGGAAUGGCUCAUCAUAGGGAAGAAGACUUGCUAUGUUUUUGUGUGAUAUCUAUUGCUGAUUCAGGUGGAUGUAUGAUUAUGAAUUAUCUAUGGACCAGGGGUGUGAACAUGUUGUGAGAUCAAUACAUUUCAAAGUUGAGAGAAUGUCAUGACAUAUUGGCAUCUGAAUUUUGUUUUAGAAAAAACGAUUCUUCAUCAUGUAGUAACUGGUGGCCCGAUAACUGUUCAAACAAUAUUUUCUGUAUGUGGACUUUCUUAGUCGUGGAUUUUCCUCGGAGGCAAAUUUCUAGGAGUGAACAGUUUAUGGUAAUUCUUCAGAACGAAAAUUCUUUGUACUAGUGUACUCGUGUGUUCUGCUAGAUCAAACUGGGCCGUCUUUGUAUUUGACUGGAAGGUUACGAUUUGGUUUUUUAACUAAUAUGAUUAUUACAUGGUUUGUUGACUUGCA